AUGAGAGACUACACGGCGACUUCGAACCACGAAGGCGCCUGCAUGCCCUGCUGCCAGGUUUGCGUCUUCGCCUUUACCGCAUUUCUCAUCGUUGCAGAGAGGACGGCGCUGAUCUACUGCUUUGUGUAUUAUCUGUGGGUGGGACACAACUACUGCUACGCCUAUCUAGCUGCAUUGACUGCACUGUUACUGUUGCCAGGUUGGGGUCCCCAGUUGCUUAGCUACCUGUGGUUCCUGUCAGAUGGACGUAUCCGCAGAAAGUCUCUCAUCUGGACCCACGUACUACACCUGGGUAUUUUCAAAAGGCUGUGGCAGUGUAUGCGUCUGCCAGAUGAGGAUGUCUAUGGUGAGAUCAUGCAGCAGGCUGAUGUUUCAGCCUUACGUCUCUUCGAGGCCUUGGUGGUCACCCUUCCUGAGACUCUGCUGCACACCUACGUGCUCAUCUGUACUGAUAUAGGAAUCAAAUCUCCAGCCUCAGUAUGUUUUGUGGUGUGUUUGUUAUCGCUCGCCUGGGCAUUGGUCCUCUACGCCCGUGCCUGUUCACUUAUCAGACCAGGACAUCUGCAAAUGACUCCCGCUGCCAUUCUCUGUCGACUGCUAUGGAGGGUUGGUAUGUUGGGAUCUCGAUUUGCUGUUCUCAUGCUCUUCACACGUAUCUUCAAACAGUGGAUCUUAGGAGUUAUUGGUGUGCACUGGCUGGGUGCAACUUUCUGGAUGGUGUCUCAGCAGACUGACAUCAUACGUUCAACUAGUCGAUGGAGACUCUUCAAUCUCGUUCUGGGAGCCAUUCAUAUCUUCCUUUUCCUCAAUGUGAAAUACGGUCAAUCCAGAUACCGGAUGGCUGGUUUCUACCUGGCCAUGUUUUUAGAGAACGCGUUUCUCCUCCUGGCCUCCUCCUGGUUGUUUACUAUGGUGUCAUGGGACACUGUGGGCAUCCCAGCUGCCGUGUUCUGCAGCUUCCUCAUUGGUGUGAUAGCGUUGGUGUUGUAUUACCGUUUCCUCCACCCCAAGUCCUUUGAGAUCUUUCAGAGUAUUCGCCACAGGGGGAUAGGUGGAGCCUGCACAGAGCGUGGAUCGACACUUUCAUUGGAGGAGAAAGUCACGCCCACUUUCCAUCGCCAUGCAACACUGUCUGGUGGUAUGACCCUCAUGGAUCUCCCUAUCCAAUGGGAGGGCUGGAAGCAUCACCACUGGCUGCUGAUUCGCUUGGCCCUAAAGACUGGGGAUGUAUCUACGAUCUGGUCAGCGUAUGGUGAGGGAGGGCUGGCCGGACUCAUGGGUCUGCCUGAAGAAGUUCACUCCCCUGAUGAACCUUAUGUGCCUCAGAUUCCACCUGUUCAACCACAGAUUCUUCAGACCCCACAACCAGCUCCUCUACCACCUCCACCAGCGGUGACCCAACCUACACAGGUGAUAGAGGUGGUCCAACCACCAAAGCCAGCUCACUCCAGUGUAAUCGCCAGACCUGUGAGAAAAACUCCUCCUACGACAAUCCAUGAUAUGAGAAUGUUUCCGGAGAUCAUCCCAGUCCAAGAGGUCAUUUUUGAGGAGACUGCAGAAGAAGAGUCCAGCGCUCCAGCAUCAGAGGAAAAAGGUGAUGAAGAUUUUCAGAGUGCUGCUUACGGGUCACCUACACCUUCAUCUCCUCGACAACCAGGAAGUCUCCGCCACAUCGACAGCAAUGCUGCAAGCCUGACCGAGGUCUCGUCCUCUGUAGGUUCUCUGGACAUCAAGACUCCCGGCUGGUCACCUGAACGACGGUCCCCUCUCUUGAUUGGUUCCCCAGAAAAGAAACCAGGCCUCCCCGGGGAGUCUAGCACUACACUGUAUUUCAGUGCGGAUGCACAGUCUCCAUCCAGUGGGAGUUACCUCGGCUGGGGCUCCGAGUUGUCGCCCAUCUCCACCUACAGAAGUCCCUACCGCAUCAGAGAAGCUCGCUUUAUCACAUCCACCCCACGACUGGAGCCUCGAGCUGGGGCUGAAAGUCCAGGCCUGGCCCCAGUUAUUGUCACCCCUGCAACUCCAGGUACAACACCAGGUCCUACCCCUGGAGGGACCCCCAGUGCUUCGACCCCUGCUGCUUCAACACCUUUAGCUUCAACGCCUGCAGAUUCGACUCCUGCUGCUUCAACACCUGCAGCUUCAACUCCCGGUGCUACACCUCCUGGCACUGCUACGCCUACCACUCCAGUCGUUCCACUCACUCCAGUCAUGUCCCACGCUCGAAAACAGAUGGUCCAGUUUGUGGACAGUAGAGAGAGGGAGGAGUAA